UCACACACAUCUUGCUGUGGCAACAUACCCAAAUAUUCACCUUAAUCGAUGCUCAUCAUCAUCAUAAUACUGACAACAUUAUGUCUCGCCAUAACAAUCGUAUUGUCAGCGAUUUCGCGCUCGGACAACGCUAAUCGUAGCAAUCAAGUCGUCGUAUAUGGCGAGCAGCUUAGCAUAAAAAAUAACAAAACAUCGGGUGAGCCGCUAAAGGAACCGUCAUCAAACAGCAGCAGCAACAACCACAGUGAUUGUGUGAACCGCAUUAAGAAAGUACAAUUUUCGAAUGAGAAUAUCACAAUAGAGAAUAAUCAUAACGACUUUGCUGACAGCGGUCAACUAAACCACAAGCAUUGUAAUAACCUUGAAUUGAGUAGUAACAAUAGUGAAAGUAGCAAUAUCGAAAUCAGCAUGAGCAACGAUACAUCUACGGAGCGUCCCAGCUUUCUGGUUGGAGACGAAGUCGCAGCCAAUGGACUUGAUGAAGUCAGCGAAGCUAGCGAUGAAUUCCCACAAAAAAUGCAAAAUGAAACUCGUCCACAAAUUGAUUUGAUGGAACGUCGCAAACGUUUGAGGCCGAGCAUGUCGCGUGGCACUGGUCUGGGGCAGGAUCGAUAUCAGGACCGCGAUUUUCACAUUGCCACACCGGAAGAGUUUGUCAAGAAGUUUGGUGGUACGCGUGUCAUUAAUCGUGUGCUAAUCGCGAAUAACGGUAUUGCCGCUGUGAAAUGUAUGCGCUCGAUACGUCGUUGGUCCUAUGAGAUGUUCAAAAAUGAACGUGCUGUCCGAUUUGUGGUAAUGGUCACACCAGAGGAUCUUAAAGCCAAUGCUGAGUAUAUCAAGAUGGCCGAUCAUUAUGUGCCCGUACCUGGUGGAGCAAAUAACAACAACUAUGCCAAUGUUGAGCUGAUCGUCGAUAUUGCACUUCGGACUCAAGUUCAGGCUGUCUGGGCUGGUUGGGGACAUGCUUCGGAGAACCCGAAAUUGCCCGAGUUGUUGAAUAAGCAGGGUCUGGUCUUUUUGGGUCCACCGGAUCGUGCUAUGUGGGCGCUGGGUGAUAAGGUUGCCUCCUCGAUUGUCGCACAAACAGCUGAUAUACCCACGCUGUCGUGGUCGGGUACCGGACUGAAGGCGCAUUACAAUGGCAAGAAAAUUAAGAUUUCGAGUGAAUUGUUUCAACGCGGUUGUGUCAGUAACGCUGAAGAGGGUCUGAUAGCAGCAAAAAAAAUUGGCUUCCCGGUUAUGGUUAAAGCAUCCGAAGGUGGUGGCGGCAAAGGUAUUCGUCGUGUCGACAGCGAAGCCGAAUUUCCAGCGCUCUUCCGUCAAGUGCAGGCCGAAGUUCCCGGUUCACCCAUAUUCGUAAUGAAGCUGGCACGCGGCGCACGACAUCUGGAGGUGCAAUUGCUUGCUGAUCAGUAUGGCAAUGCGAUAAGUUUGUUCGGACGUGAUUGUUCGAUACAGCGUCGUCAUCAGAAGAUCAUUGAAGAAGCGCCAGCGAUUGUGGCACAACCCGAAGUGUUUGAGGAUAUGGAGAAAGCCGCUGUACGUCUCGCAAAAAUGGUGGGCUAUGUAAGCGCCGGUACGGUGGAGUAUUUGUAUGACUCAGAUGGCCAAUACUUUUUCCUUGAAUUGAAUCCGCGUCUACAAGUGGAGCACCCUUGCACAGAAAUGGUAGCAGAUGUGAAUUUGCCUGCCGCCCAGUUGCAAAUUGGUAUGGGUAUACCGUUAUAUCGUUUGAAAGAUAUUCGUCUCUUAUAUGGCGAAUCGCCGUGGGGCUCUUCGGUUAUUGAUUUCGAAAAUCCUGAGAAUAAACCACAACCAUCCGGACAUGUAAUUGCUGCACGUAUCACAUCGGAAAAUCCAGACGAAGGUUUCAAGCCCAGCUCAGGCACAGUGCAGGAAUUGAAUUUCCGUUCGAGUAAAAAUGUAUGGGGUUACUUUAGUGUUGCUGCUUCGGGUGGCUUGCAUGAAUAUGCCGAUUCUCAGUUUGGUCAUUGUUUCUCUUGGGGAGAAAAUCGUCAGCAGGCGCGUGAAAAUCUAGUCAUUGCGCUGAAGGAACUUUCGAUUCGUGGCGAUUUCCGCACAACCGUUGAAUAUCUGAUAACACUGUUAGAGACUAACAGCUUCUUGGAUAACACCAUUGAUACUGCUUGGUUGGAUGCUUUGAUUGCGGAACGUGUACAAUCGGAGAAACCCGAUAUUCUAUUGGGUGUCGUCUGCGGUGCAUUACAUAUCGCGGAUCGCCAGAUCAGCGAAGCAUUCUCCAGCUUUCAGACAUCACUCGAGAAGGGUCAGAUACAAGCCGCCAAUACUCUGACAAAUGUAAUCGAUGUAGAGCUGAUAAACGAGGGUAUGCGGUACAAGGUGCAGGCCGCCAAAAGUGGUGCAAACUCUUACUUCCUACUCAUGAAUAACUCUUUCAAAGAAGUGGAAAUACAUCGUUUGUCUGAUGGUGGGCUCUUAAUAUCAUUAGAAGGUGCCUCUUAUACCACUUACAUGAAAGAGGAAGUAGACCGUUAUCGUGUGGUAAUCGGUAAUCAAACUUGUGUCUUUGAGAAAGAAAACGAUCCCUCACUAUUACGCAGUCCAUCUGCUGGCAAGUUGAUUAAUUUGUUGAUUGAAGAUGGCGCACACGUUGCUAAAGGACAAGCCUACGCCGAAAUUGAGGUUAUGAAAAUGGUUAUGACACUCACUUCCCAAGAAGCGGGCACAGUUUCAUUCUUACGUCGCCCCGGUGCAGUGCUCGAUGCUGGCUCCCUUUUAGGCCAUUUGGAAUUAGAUGAUCCCUCAUUGGUAACUAAAGCACAACCCUACAAGAAUCCCUUCCCACUAUCUGAGAAUCCACAAGUGCCUGAGAAGCUGAAUCGUGCACACAACUUGUACAAAUCCAUUUUGGAAAAUACCUUGGCCGGUUACUGUCUACCCGAACCAUAUAAUGCACAACGUUUGCGCGAUGUUAUUGAAAAGUUCAUGACCAGCUUGCGCGAUGCUUCAUUGCCCCUGCUCGAACUGCAAGAGGUGAUCGCCUCCAUUUCGGGCCGCAUACCUGUGUCUGUGGAGAAGAAAAUACGCAAGCUAAUGACUCUGUAUGAGCGUAACAUCACCAGUGUGCUUGCCCAAUUCCCCUCGCAACAAAUUGCCGCAGUCAUUGAUAGCCAUGCUGCUACAUUGCAAAAGCGCACUGAUCGCGAUGUCUUUUUCCUCACCACGCAGAGUAUUGUACAGCUGGUGCAACGCUAUCGCAACGGUAUCAGGGGGCGCAUGAAGGCCGUCGUACAUGAAUUAUUGCGUCAAUACUAUGAAGUAGAGUCGCAGUUCCAACAUGGUCACUAUGAUAAAUGUGUCGCUUUGGUGCGUGAGAACAGCAAGGAUGAUAUGCAGAAGGUCGUGAACACUAUAUUUUCGCAUGCGCAAGUCUCGAAGAAGAAUCUACUAGUCACACUGCUGAUCGAUCAUCUGUGGUCAUUUGAACCGGGUCUAACUGAUGAGCUGGCAAAUACGCUGAGCGAAUUGACUUCGUUAAAUCGUGCCGAACACUCGCGCGUCGCAUUGCGUUGUCGCCAAGUACUAAUUGCCGCCCAUCAACCCGCCUAUGAACUGCGUCACAAUCAAAUGGAAUCGAUUUUCUUAUCCGCAGUCGAUAUGUACGGACAUGACUUCCAUCCGGAGAAUCUGCAACGCCUGAUAUUGUCCGAAACAUCGAUAUUUGAUAUCUUACACGACUUCUUCUAUCACACGAAUCGUCAAGUCUGCAAUGCUGCUUUGGAGGUGUACGUGAGACGUGCCUACACUUCAUACGAACUCACCUGCUUGCAGCACUUGGAGUUGUCUGGCGGUUUGCCCUUGGUGCACUUCCAAUUUUUGCUACCCACCGCACAUCCAAAUAGACUCUUCCCACGCAUGCUGCAAGAUGGCGAAGCUCGUGAAAAACUACUCGGCUCUUCGUUCAUGCGUACCGGUUGCAUGGCAGCCUUCGAUUCUUUUGAUCACUUCGAAAUGCACUCGGAUGAAAUUUUGGAUCUGUUGGAGGACUAUGCCUCACCUGCCUUUGUUAGCGCAAAGAUUUUAGAAGCUGUUGAUGCCGUUGAUUCCAUUUCUGACGGCCGUCUAAGCACAUCCAUCAAUGUCUCGCUUUCCGAUCCCAUUACACGCGCCAACGCUGUGGAAGAGGCAAAAUCCACCGAACCCAUUCACAUUAUUAGUGUUGCCGUACGUGAUAACGGUGAUAUGGAUGAUUUGCAAAUGGCGCACAUAUUUGGAAAUUUCUGUAAAGAGCACCGUGAUGAGCUAUUCCAGCGCCGCAUUCGUCGCAUAACAUUUGCCGCUUUGAAAAAACGCCAAUUCCCGAAAUUCUUCACCUACCGUGCCCGCGACAAUUUCGAAGAGGAUAGAAUAUACCGUCACUUGGAGCCCGCUUGUGCCUUCCAACUCGAACUGAAUCGUAUGAAAUCGUAUCAAUUGGAAGCAUUGCCAACUGCAAAUCAAAAAAUGCAUCUCUAUUUGGGCAGAGCAAAGGGGUCGAAGAGCCAAGAGGUCACCGAUUACCGUUUCUUCAUACGUUCCAUUAUACGACAUUCGGAUCUGAUCACCAAGGAAGCAUCGUUUGAAUAUUUACAAAACGAAGGUGAGCGUGUUUUGCUCGAAUCAAUGGACGAACUCGAAGUGGCGUUCUCACACCCGCACGCUAAACGCACCGAUUGCAAUCAUAUUUUCCUCAAUUUCGUGCCAACCGUUAUAAUGGAUCCGGCGAAAAUCGAGGAAUCCGUUACAAAAAUGAUCAUGCGCUACGGGCCACGUCUUUGGAAACUACGCGUACUGCAAGCUGAGCUGAAAAUGUUGAUCAGACAAUCACCGCAAUCACCAACACAAGCCAUACGCUUGUGUAUUGCCAAUGACUCGGGUUACUUCUUAGACAUUGCCAUGUACACUGAGGUCACCGAUCCAGAGACGGGCAUUAUCAAGUUCAAGGCUUACGGCGAAAAGCAAGGAUCACUACACGGUCAUCCGAUUUCUACACCGUACAUGACCAAAGAUUUUCUGCAACAAAAACGCUUCCAGGCGCAACAGAAUGGCACAACAUAUGUGUAUGACAUACCCGAUAUGUUCCGCCAAAUGACCGAGCGCCAUUGGAAGGAAUACUCAAAGGCACGUCCCACUGUGGAUAUCAGAAUCCCGGAUAAAAUUUUGAUUGAAUGCAUGGAACUGGUAUUGGAUGAUGAUAAUCUCGUUGAGAUGCAGCGCCUACCAGGCGAAAACAAUUGCGGCAUGGUUGCCUGGCGUAUUGUACUGGCCACACCCGAGUACCCAGAGGGCCGUGAAAUUAUUGUGAUAGCCAAUGACUUGACAUAUUUUAUGGGCUCUUUCGGCAUCAAAGAAGAUAUACUCUUCAAUAAGGCAUCGCAAUUAGCACGCAGCAGAAGAGUGCCAAGGAUUUACAUUUCGGUGAACAGUGGCGCACGCAUCGGUUUAGCCGAAGAGGUGAAAUCGUUGUUUAGAGUGGCAUGGGAAGAUCCCGAAGAGCCCGACAAGGGUUUCAAAUAUCUCUAUCUGUCCACAGAGGAUUAUAGUAAAAUCGCCAAUUUGAAUUCGGUACGCGCCAUACUGAUCGAAGAUGAGGGUGAACCGCGCUAUAAAAUUACCGACAUUAUCGGCAAGGAGGACGGUUUGGGUGUGGAAAACUUGCGCCAUGCCGGUUUGAUUGCCGGUGAGACAUCGCAGGCGUAUAAUGAAAUUGUCACAAUGUCUUUGGUGACGUGCCGUACCAUUGGUAUCGGUUCGUAUUUGGUGCGCUUGGGUCAACGUGUCAUACAAAUUGAUAACUCGCACAUUAUACUGACUGGUUAUGCCGCGCUCAAUAAGUUGCUUGGUCGCAAAGUGUACGCUUCCAACAAUCAAUUGGGUGGUGUGCAAAUCAUGUACAACAACGGUGUCACACAUAAGACUGAAGCCAUGGAUCUCGACGGUGUGUAUACGCUUCUUCAAUGGCUUUCAUACAUUCCAGCAUACAUCGGUUGUGAUUUGCCGAUUGUAUUGCCAAACGAUCGCAUUGAUCGCUCUGUAGAUUUUAUGCCAACGAAAUCGCCAUAUGACCCAAGAUGGAUGUUAGCCGGACGCGUGAAUCCAGUUAAUCCCAACGAAUGGGAGAAUGGCUUCUUCGAUCGUGACAGUUGGGCUGAAAUUAUGCCGACCUGGGCGAAAACGGUUGUAACUGGACGCGCCCGCUUGGGUGGUGUACCGGUUGGUGUUAUUGCUGUUGAAACUCGUACGGUUGAGGUGGAACUACCAGCCGAUCCCGCUAAUUUAGACUCUGAAGCCAAAACACUUCAACAAGCCGGACAAGUCUGGUAUCCAGAUUCUUCAUAUAAGACAGCGCAGGCCAUUAAAGAUUUCGGACGCGAAGAGCUGCCAUUGGUUAUAUUUGCUAAUUGGCGUGGUUUCUCCGGCGGCAUGAAGGACAUGUACGAGCAAGUGCUUAAAUUCGGCGCAUACAUUGUGGAUGGCUUGCGUGAAUACAAAAAACCGGUCAUCAUCUACCUACCACCAAAUGCAGAAUUGCGUGGUGGUGCCUGGGCCGUCUUGGAUUCACUGAUUAAUCCACGUUAUAUGGAAACCUAUGCAGAUCCAGAGGCACGUGGUGGUAUUUUGGAGCCGGAGGGCUUAGUCGAAAUCAAGUACAAAGAGAAGGAUUUGUUAAAGACAAUUCAUCGCUUGGAUACAACAACCAUUGCGCUCAAAAAAGAGUUAGAAGAAUUAAUCUCUACCGGCGAUAAAAUCAAAGCCGCCGUGGUUGAGGAAAAACUAAAGACACGCAUCUCACAAUUGACGCACGUUUAUCACACGGUAGCUGUGCACUUUGCCGAUCUGCAUGACACGCCCGAACGUAUGCUGGAAAAGGAAUGUAUCAGCGAAAUUAUACCGUGGCGCGAUUCUAGACGUCUGCUACAUUGGCGCUUGCGACGUUUGCUGCUCGAGGAUGCUUACAUAAAGAAAAUAAUGAAGGCGCAAGAGAGCCUUUCGGUGGGUCAAGCCAAACAAAUGUUGCGUCGCUGGUUGGUGGAAGAUCGUGGUGCCAUGGAUGCGUAUAUCUGGGAUAAAAACGAAGAGAUGGUGCAUUGGUAUGAGGAACAGAAACGGCCAGACUCUGUGGUCACGAAGAAUAUAAACGCUGUGAAACAGAAUGCGGUAAUCUCGAAAAUCACCGAAAUGCUUGAGGAUUGCCCGGAUGUCUCGUUAGAUGCUGUUGUAAGCAUAUGCCAAGGCCUCACGCCUAUGAAUCGCGGUGCUGUGGUGCGCACAUUAACACAAUUGGAGUUGAAUGAGGAGACGACAGCAUCAAAUACGCAGGGAUGAUAUCGCGCAUAUUAAUUCAUAUGCGUAUUUGUUUGUAUAUCAGACAUGCGUUAAUAAUGUAUUAACAUUCAAAUCGUUUGUGUGGCCAAAUACAUGCGUACAUACAUACUCUACUCAUCAUCCACAACUUCAACACGCAACGAAGUUUAGUCUCUUACGUAGCAAUACGGUACUGUAAAUACUUAGAUAAGCGUACAUAAAAUGAGCGACCAACGUCUCGCUAUAGCUUCGUCCUACACACUUCAUAUGCGCUUUGUUAAUGCAAAUUGUUUGUUUUUCUCUAAUUUAGUUUAUUAUUAUGUACAAUACAUUGGCUUUAUUAAAUACUGAUUUAUUUAAUAUAAAACGUACAUAUGUAUCUACGGCUUGUUUAUGUGCUCUUUUACUCUUCCUAUUUGUAAGCAAAAUAAAUACUAAAAAAUAACUGAAAGUAAUAAUCCGAAUGGCAGCACAAUACUAUAUGACUAGUUACAAUUUACAUUAUAUACGUAAAAUAAUACAUAAAGAGGGGUGUACAAACCAUGUUUGAUAUUUAGUUUAGUACAGUGUAUCUUAUAGCAUACUUUUUUUUUGAAUUGUUAAAAAUGUACAAAAAAUUAUGAAAAAUAAUUAGAAAGAUACCCUUAAUAUAGUAAAUAGAAAACUUUUCAAAUGCAUACAUACUAUAUUUAGUUGUAUAACAAUUGUGAAUUAACGAACAAAGUGGAUGUUAACUAUUGUAAAAUAAAAUAAAGCAAGUUUUAAAUUAUCCACAGACACUAAAAUUAUGUCAAGCCUAAGGCUAAUUACUAUAUAAUAAAUGGAAAUAUAAAUUAGUAAAUAAAUAUAUUGGCAUUGAA